GUGUAUUGCAAGAAAGUAAAACGAAAGUUGUAAAGAUGAGUGUUAAUUCAUUGAACUGUAUCACAUACGAAGGAUGUAAUUAUUUCCGGCAACGUCUAGUUUUAUCAACACUAAGUGGAAAGAGUGUCAAAAUUAAAAGAAUACGUUCCAAAGAUGAUGAUCCAGGAAUAAAAGAUUUUGAAGCUAGUUUCAUAAGAUUUCUCGAUAAACUGACGAAUGGUUCGAAGAUAAUUGUUAAUGAAACAGGCACAAGUUUGUUCUAUCAGCCUGGUUUGUUGAUUGGUGGAAGUGUUGAACAUGACUGCAAUCCACAGCGAUCUAUUGGCUAUUACCUCGAGGCUUUGAUCUGCUUAGCUCCAUUUACAAAGAAACCCAUCCAAGCAGUGCUCCGUGGAGUGACAAGCGACCAAACAGAUCCCUCUGUGGAUUUGAUAAAGUUGUCGACAUUUCCCAUUCUUAAGAGAUUUCUUGGUACUGAUGAAGGUCUAGAGAUGAAGAUAAACAAACGUGGAGCGGCUCCCGAUGGAGGUGGCGAGAUUGUAUUCAGUUGUCCGUGUCGACAGAAACUCCGACCAAUACAGUUCACAGAUCCAGGCAAAGUGAAGCGAAUCAGAGGAGUGGCCUGGGCAGUGCGUGUGUCUCCAGCAACAGUGAACAGGAUUGUUGACUCCACACGGGGCAUUCUGAACAAGUUCUUACCAGACAUCUAUAUAUACACCGACCACUGCAAGGGUUCACAGUCGGGCAAAUCCCCGGGAUUUGGCCUCACCCUUGUCGCAGAAACAACUAAUGGGACAUUUCUGUGUGCAGAAUCAGUUUCCAAUCCGAGGGGUUCUGAACAUGGGCCGUCAGUUCCAGAAGAUUUGGGAGCAGCGACUGCAAAAAUGCUCCUAGAAGAAAUAUACAGGGGUGGCUGUGUGGACUCGAGUAAUCAGAGUGUAGCAGCAUUGUUCAUGGUUCUGGGUCAGCAGGACAUUUCCAAAAUACUAACUGGACCUCUGACGUCUUACACAAUACAGUUUUUGAGACACAUAAAAGACUUUUUCCAGAUCAUGUUUAAAGUGGAUGUGCAGGAGAAACCCAACAAUGAUGAUGAUGAUGAUCAGGAAUUGCAGCUUGGUGGAGAGAAACUCGUAUUGACUUGUGUUGGUGUGGGCUACGCCAAUGUCAGUAAACCAAUCUUAUAACAGA